AUGGUGUCCGACCACCAUCGCGUUUGCGCCCGCCAUGGCUACUAUUCAAGACCUGUCAACCAAAUUGCCUCCCAUCCAGCCGCGUUCGAGCAGCUGGGCCGAUAUACUCAUCGAGUUUGGGUUGUUCAAGUUGAUGCUUGGUCUUCUGUCAUCAUUGAGAUCUAUGCCAGGGAACCGGAACCCCGUGGACCCGUUCACCCGCCAGGCCUCCGUGGAAUCGCUGCCAUCUUCGUCGUAGCGAGUCAUACUUCACUAUAUUUUGCGACCUUCCUGAUCCCACUCUCCAUUGCGGAGACGGGCAAGCCCACCCUGUUUCAGCGACCCUUCUUCCGUUUGGUCAUCCAGGGUCAGGCUUGGGUAGCCAUGUUCUUCAUCCUGCUAGGCUUUGUCAACUCCCUCAAACCACUCCAACUAGCCCGCUCGGGUGCCGUCUCCGAGGCCCUCGGGUCCUUGUCAACCGGCGCCUUCCGCCGUACCGGAAGAUUGGUAUUUCCCGCUACGCUGGUGACUUUCCUGACUUGGCUGAGUGGAUGCCUUCUGGCUGAGAUCGACGACGCGAAACCAAGUGUUUCGCUGGUAGCUGCUGUUGAAGACUUAGUUCGGGAGCUCGCCGGGACUUGGCUGUACGGUGAAAAUGCCUAUGAUCAGCCUCAGUGGGCAUUACUUCCGCUAUUUCGCGGGUCAUUGUAUUUUUUUAUGACUCUGUUUGCAUUGAUCAACACCACGCCUCAAUUCCGAUUAUGUGCCAAGAUUUUGCACUAUAUCUGGAGCUGGGCGACACUUGACGCUAAUAAUUGUCAAAUUUCGGCGUCUCUAAAGCCCCGAUCAUUAUUUCGGACCAUACCUUACGGUGUUGUCAUUCUGGGUGUUUCCCUCUGCUCAUUUCCUGAUCAAUAUGCCGAGCAAACAGCCUGGUCUUCCCAGCUCUCCCACAUUGGUGAUGCCAUAUUUCCAGAGGGCUCCAACAUGAGUCGCUACUUCGCUAGUGUCGGCGCGCAGAUGGUCUGUUCGGGAGUAAUACUUUCGCCCUCGCUUCGACAAAUACUCUCCAACCGAGUCUUUGGCUGGGAUCUAUCAGUUUCCCCCUCUAUCUACUGCACGGACCCUUGA